UGUGACCAAAACAGCCUAUCUCUGGAGCGAAACAACACGCUGUUUUCCCACAAUACGCGGCCUCGGCCCCAAAAAUAAGCGUCGUAAUCCCUUUCCGAUCGUCUUCGGUCAGUCCCCGAUCGUAAUCUUCCAUUUUGCUCGAUCUGUUUCGGGUCCGGGGCACACAAGAAUGUGCAAAAGAUCCGAUCUUUCUGUGUCUUUUGCUUGGAAUCCAGCUUCUCCUCUAGUCUCCCUGCCCAAAAUCUCAAAUUGAAGAUUGAUUGGGUGAAAAGUUCGUGUUCUUAUUUGAUUUCGCGUUUCAAAGUUGGAAUUUUUUUUCCUUUUUUCUUUUGCCUGUCGCGGUAUGCUUGGAGCUGCUAAAGAUCGUUUCUUGAGUGGUCGUUAGGCUUUUUGUGGUAUGUUCUUCCCUUUUGAAUGGGCUUCUUGUAUUGCUUUCUCGUGGUAGUUGAAUGCUAACUCACUGCCCCCGUCCCCUCCUCUUCUCAUCCGUUUCACGUUGUCGCCCUGGUGAAUGGUGCUCGGUCUUGUGAACUAUUAGCUAUCGAUGUGUUGUAUUUGUCAUCUUGUUAUUGAGUUCUUCAGCAGUUAUUUACAUCUUUUGUUCAUCUUGUUGCAAGACUUGUUUCGGCUCAGAGGAAUAAUUGCUUAUGCCAUCAACUAAUUUGCAAUUAUCCCAAGAUUUGAGUUCAUAUGCAAAUAUCUAGUAGCCAGAUCUGCUAUUUGUAGCGUCUUUUAUGUCGAUAUGCUUGGAAUUAAUGGGACAAGCUGAUGCAUUUCAUGCACUUUUCAUCAGGUUUAAAGGGUAUCUUCCUCGAAACACUGGUGAUCACCGAAGAUUUUUGAGAGAAUGAUUGUUCGUAUUCGCUAUCACUUUUGAUCGUUCAAUCUGGCACGAGGAAGGCUGAGUUAUAUUAUACUGGCAUCAUGAAGUUCAAAGAAGGCGAUAGGGUGGAGGUGUUGAGAAGUAAGGAGGAGCAGUAUGGUUCUUGGUUUCCUGCUAAAAUUACCUCGCUAAAUGGAUACACAUAUACUGUAAGAUAUGAGUUGUUUCAUAGUUCCGAUGGGAAGCCUGUGGUCGAAACAGUGCAUGAGGGGGACGUUAGGCCUUCCCCACCGCCACAGGAUCGCAGAGAGCUUCGUUUGGUUGUUGGUGGCAUAGCUGAGGUGCUUGAUCUCUGCGCUUGGAGAGUUGGGAAGGUCAUGAAAGUCAUAAAAGAAGAUCGCAUUGUGAUCAAACUCUUUGGUUCCAUCCAACUUCAAGAACACAGUGUGUCUGACCUAAGAGUUCCACAAGCUUGGCAGAACAACCAAUGGCUUAUGAUUGACAUGGGAAUCAAGGGGAAGCAAUUUGGCUAUGAUUACAUCCCAUCUAGCUCCAAUUCUGCAAGAAAAUUGGAUUGUGGUGCAAGUCAAGGCAUUGACAAACAAGCUUCACCUGGACAGAGAUGUAAGCAAAAGCGUGCCAGCUGCAAUUCGCCUAUCAAAGCUGGGAAGAGGAAUCUCAACUCUCACUGUGGCUUCUCUCCUGUUAAUUUAGUUGGAGGAACCAAAUGGAAAAGGAAAUCCAGCACAGACAAAUCAAAUAAGUUAUCUACAAGAUCACUGCCUAAAAAGGUAGAUUGUGUCUCUUUCUCGAAAGAUAUAGUUGCUGAGCAUUUCCUGCACAAAUCCAAUAAAGAUCGAACCACCACAUUUCCUCAGAUGAAUGCUGACAAGGGGUUCACUAACAAUCAUGUCGUGAAUUCAUCUUCAAUACCUUUAGCAGUCACUGAAGAGGAUAUUGAAUGCUCUGUUGCUAGUUGUAGUGGUAAUGAGUAUCCAGGAUAUAGUUAUCAAAAUCUCAGAGAACACUGUAAAGAUACUGCAUUGGAUAGUUUUGAUGAUGCCAUAUCAUCAUGCCCAAUAGAAGGGAAAGAGUAUCAAAGCAAAUCUGGAGAUGAAUUAGCUGCCAAUGUCCAUGAAUUAGAGCUACAAGCAUACCAAUAUACUAUGCAAGCUUUGCAUGCCUCUGGUCCCUUGAGUUGGGAGCAAGAAUCACUUCUAACAAAUCUUCGUCUCUCUCUCAAUAUAUCUAAUGAAGAACAUUUACUUCAUCUGAGGCACCUGUUAUCUGCUUAAGUUCUCUGUUCAGGAUCAUAGAAUUCGUAGGUACGUCUUAAACUUCUGUGAAGAUCAUUUCCAGAACUGGCAUUUAGAUAGUUUCAAUCUGUUUAUAGUGAACGGUUAUACUGUCGAUAAGAAUGCUGGAGUUUCUGGAAAGCAGUUCUUUUCUAGACUCUUGUUGUAACAUAUAUGUAGAUAUUUUUUUAUCUAGCAUUUAGCGCUGGUUCUUGCAAUAAGCUGAUAUUUUCUGUUUCUAAAGUGGAAUUUAAUGCAGAGCAAUUUGUGUUGCUUUUGAUGUUGGUUUCUCAGCUGAAUUAUGUCAAGUUGCUUCUGUUGGCAGAGUUCCACACAAAUGUAUGGUCAACUAUUCCAUAGUUUGGUGAAGCAAUUGCAUCUCUGAGGGUUGCCUAUGGAGGAUUUGUACUGUUUAGGAGUUAC